AUGGAUGCGAAUAAUAUACCACCGUACUCUCUCGGGAAGCAGGCGACCCCCCAUCUUCCACCGAUGCUUAAUACGCGGUCCGGCAACGAGCCCUAUGAGCGGCCCCUAACCCCCCCUCAGCCUCAGGCUGGCUUCAUCAGUCCUGCCAACACCCCGCAAGGCAGUCCAAGUAAAAACAAAGUGCCUCCUGGUGCUACAGGACUUGUCAAUGUGUUUGACAAUGCCAUGAGGCUCACUCCGUCUUCGCCAUCCAAGUCCGGUUUUGGUAAAUCGCCACUGUCACCGGGACGCGGCCAGGUGGACGAUUUGACUGCAUACAAUGAAGGAAGAGAAGAGUCUGUCAGGCCCGGGAGCCCUAGCCGACUGUCGAAUAAGGAGAAUGCUCCAAUUCCUGGGCUGCGGUCAGGAAAGGAAGGGAAUACUUUAAGCCAUGCUGCCAUGUCGCGUCGAGAGCAGUAUCAAGCAGGCGAUCGGAUUGAGACUGGCAUUAGAAAACCACAAACUCAAAUCAGAGGCCUAACUGCUGAGGAACUGGAGAAGUUGCAGCAACCAAAAGUCAAGCGUCUUGCCAAUGUCACGCAGCUCUAUUUCCUUGAUCAUUACUUUAACCUUCUCAGCUAUGUUCAGAACCGGCAAUUACGCAGCGCCCAAUUUGCUGCUGCCUACCCGCCUCCACCUGAGACAGAUGAAGCAGAGUACGAAGUCGCACGCCAUAAAUAUUUGGGCCGAGAACGUGCCAACCUUCGGAAACGGAGAACCCGUCUGCGACAUGGAGACUUUCAGAUUCUUACCCAGGUUGGCCAGGGUGGCUAUGGUCAGGUGUAUCUUGCGCAGAAGAAGGACACUCGGGAAGUGUGCGCGCUAAAAGUCAUGAGCAAAAAGCUGCUUUUCAAGAUGGACGAGAUUAGGCACAUUUUGACGGAGCGCGACAUCCUAACGACCGCAAAAAGCGAAUGGCUGGUGAAACUUCUCUAUGCUUUUCAGGAUGAAACUCAAAUAUACCUUGCCAUGGAAUACGUGCCAGGAGGUGACUUCCGUACUCUACUCAACAACACAGGAGUCCUCCAUAACCGACACGCUCGCUUCUAUAUUGCAGAGAUGGUAGCCUGCGUGGAUGCUCUCCAUGUCCUUGGAUACAUCCAUCGAGACUUGAAGCCGGAGAACUUCCUCAUCGACUCCACCGGACACGUUAAGUUGACGGACUUUGGAUUGGCAGCGGGAAUGCUUAAUCCUACCAAGAUUGAGUCUAUGCGAUUGAAGCUAGAGGAGGUUGGCAAGACCGCUGUACCAUUUGGCCGGCCGAUGGAGCAACGAUCUGCCGCUGAAAGACGUGAAGGUUAUCGAUCACUCCGGAAGUUGGAUGUUAACUAUGCCAAAUCAAUUGUCGGGUCUCCUGAUUACAUGGCUCCCGAAGUACUGAGCGGUGAGGAGUACGAUUUCACCGUUGACUACUGGAGCCUAGGGUGUAUGCUCUUUGAAGCUCUGACCGGCUACCCUCCAUUUGCUGGAGCAACCGUGGAUGAAACAUGGCAGAACCUGAAGAAUUGGAAAGAUGUGUUGCGCAAGCCACAAUACGAAGAUCCGAACUAUUAUCUUUCCCGACGUACUUGGGACUUCAUUACUCGACUCGUUGCUGCAAAGGAUCAUCGGUUCAAAAAUGUUACUGAAAUCCACAACCAUGACUAUUUCGCUGAAGUGAACUUCAACACUCUAAGAGAAGAGCAGAAAGCUCCAUUUGUUCCUGACCUUGACUCUGAAACGGAUGCUGGCUACUUCGAUGAUUUCGGAAAUGAGGCUGACAUGGCUAAAUAUAAGGAGGUGCAUGAUAAACAAAAGGCACUUGAGGAUAUGGCUGAUCGGGACGAAAAGAUGAACAAGAGCGUCUUUGUUGGAUUCACUUUUAGACAUCGAAAACCUGUUAUUGAUAGCGACGGACGCAGUAGCCCUCGGAAGGGUAUCCCGACUGACGGGUCCUUUGGAACUAUGUUUUAA